UUCGUUUGUGUAACUGGUUAAAAAUUGGCAGUUAUUCUUUUGUUAUGCACGUUUACUUCGCGUUGGUGUUAUUAGCGAUAUUCUUAAACUUGUUUGUAUGAAACUGUGUCAUACGGAGCAAAUCCAUCUUUCUUUUGUUUAUAAAUAACCUGUAACCGGAACAAGCUUUCUGCCCCACACCGUCUGUAGGUGCGCGACCGCUGCUCGGCAGUCUCUCUGCGACCUCCGCAACGCGCGCAAGCAUACAAGCUCCUCUACAAACAAAACAUUUCUUAACUCGAGUAAACAAAUAUGAUCGCGUGAACAUGUCGUUCUGUAGAAUCACCGGCCGCAGCCGCGGACUGCCCAAGCCGCACUACUUCCCGGUCCUCGCUCCGAUCUCCCCUGCGGACGCCAAGCGAUGCUGCAGGAUCACCGGCAAAUCCUAUGGACUGCCUUCUCAUCACUACAUUCCAGUGCUUUUGACCGCCCGUUCCGGCAGAAAUAAGUGCAAAAUCACCAACGUCUCCGGCGAACUCGGCCCGCACCACUACGCUCCAGAAAUUAACUACGGCAACAGAAAACAUGACGUUCUACCAGACUUCAGAUAUAUUUUCCCUGUACUUGAUGGUUCGACGGAGGCGCAAAAGGCUUUAAUGGAUAUGCUGCAGACGAAACAUGUCAAUGAAGAUAAGCGUUACGUGUAUACCGUACAAGAAAGAAGAUGCAGUUUAGUGUUCUCCGCUCAAAUGGAACAGGCAGUGCGCGACGGUGAUGUUAGAGACGUGAUGUUGGCGAAAGAUUCGGACACAGUGCUAAUAAAAACGAAACAGGGCCGCAGUGUCUCCAUGGACUUUAAGGAUUUCACAGAAGACGUUGAAAUGUACGAAGGCGAAGGGCCUAAUGCAGAGGUUCUAUUGCAAAGGGAAAAGGAAGAAUUAGAGGAAAGAAAGAAAAAGAGGAAACGAACCGCGGGAUUAUCUUCAAUGAAGAAAAUAUUUGAAAAUAAAGAAAAGCUGGCUGAAGUACAAGAGUUGGAAGAGGAAAAGCUUAGGCAAGAACGCCUCGCCAAAAAGGCUAAAUUGGACACUAAACACGAAAAGCAUGACGUUAAAAGCUUCAGUUGUAACAAUUUUGACGUGAGCCAUAUGCGCUCUAAGUCAAGUAUAGUUAGUUGCACCGCUGAGUGGACGGAGCGAAUGCAUCCGUUAAUAGAAUCGUGGGACUGGGAGCUGUUUGAAAAGGAAGCGGGUAAUAAACAAGUAAUCCCAACGGUAACCCAAUUGCCGAAACCUGUCAAAAUAACCCCGUAUCACUGUGAAGCUGAGAUUUACGAGUCUGAACAAAAUAUUAGCGAUGUGUCGAUUCCGCUGGAAAGUGUACCGUGUGUGAACCCCCUUAAAGUUCCAAAGGAACGUCCGUCCGAAACAAUCCUAAAAGCAGUGAAAGAAUUAAGCGAGGAGCGUUUGAAUGAAACAAUGAAUAUCGAAGAGAAAUUACUUUCUGAAAACAAGGUCGACAUGCUUCCGUCGUUGGAUAUGUUACCGGAUGUUAUUAAAAAUAUAAAGAAGGGCAAGAGAGAAAAAAUUGCUAAAGUUUCUGGUCUGACGAUAGACAUAAACAAAGCGAAAAAGUUUAUCCCCGGACAACAUGUCAACACACCACAGGGUCCAGUAUUUGUUCCGGGCCAGACUGUGGAAACUCCAGUUGGUCCUUUGUUUGUUCCCGGCCUUAGUGUGAAUACGCCCGAUGGCCCUGGGCUUAUACCGGGACAUAUUGUCACAAAUGAAAAUAGCAACGAACCUUUCUUCCUCGCGGGGCAAGUGCUGAAUACAUCGAAUGGAGAGGAAUUCGUAUGUGGACAAGUAAUGAAAAAUAAGGAUAAUGGACACCGCUUCACAGAAGGCCAAACAGUCGUAUCUGAAGAAGGCUUGAAGUUUGUACCAGGAAAAGUACUACACAGCGGUUCUGACGAAAUAUUCGUACCCGGCCAAACAAUAAUGACUCCGGAAGGCGUUCAGUUUAUUCCCGGACAAACUAUGACUGACAGCAAAGGAGUUAUUUUUACACCUGGUCAAAACGCGAAGAUAAAUAAUGACUGGCAAUUCGUGCCAGGACAGGUGGUGCAUCAAGAUGAUGGAUUGCAGUUUGUGCCCGGGGCAACAAUAGCAACACCAAACGGACUGAAGUUCGUACCGGGUCAAACCGUUUCCGUCGACGGUGAAACGAUCUUUGUACCCGGUAUCACAAAAACAACAAGCAGUGACAGUUUACAAUUCGUUCCGGGCACCACAGUGGAAACAAUCGAUGGACCGAAAUUUAUUGAAGGUCAAAUAGUGCAUACCGAAUAUGGAGAAAAGUUUAUGCCCGGCAAAACUAUUGUGGAAACUAAUGGGCACGUGGAGUUUUCAGUUGCAAAGUCUGUAGAAGAUAUUACGUUCUCAGAAUCUGCUCCUACUGGUUUACCAAUCGAUAUCAAGACAUGCUCGCUGUCUGAGGAGUCCUUGUAUGUUUUUGGACACAUGGUGCAAACAGCGAAGGGUAUUGAAUUCUACCCCGGCCCAAGAAUGCCGAAUAUUGAUGGUAAAGUCGUCCCUGGUCGGCUCGUUAAAAACGAAUUAAACCAGUCACGCUUCGUUCCCGGAAUGAUGGUAGAGGGUGUUUUUGUACCCGGUCAAAUAGUAUUCACUGAAAACGGAGAACAGUUUGUCCCUGGCCAAGUGGUUGAUACUUCUGAUGGACCCAAAUUUGUUCCUGGGCAAGUAGUAAACACAAGAAAUGGACCAAAAUUUGUUCCAGGUCAAACAAUUCAUACUAUUGAUGGGCCGCGAUUUGUACCGGGGCAAAUUAUUGAAACGAAGGCUGGCCCUACGUUCAUACCUGGCCAAGUUAUUUCUACAGAAGAUGAAGGGUCAAGGUUCGUUCCAGGUCAAGUGGUUGACACUGAAGAAGGACCUAGAUUUGUUCCUGGAAGAGUCAUUGAAACUGAUGACAACGGAGUCACAUUCGUGCCCGGACAAAUCGUUCAAACUCCUGAAGGCCUCAAAUUCAUUGCCCCUGAUCUUACAGAAGGCGAAGAAGGUCUUGAAUUCUCCGUACAAAGCUUUGUUGUCACUCCAGAGGAGUUAAAGUUAUUGAAAGUCAAAACGAAUCCAAAUGAUACUACUUCAACUAAAGGAGAGUUGAGUAUUGAUACCAAGAUGUUAAGACAGCUUUCUGAAGCAGGAAUGUCUAUUGGAAGGCAAGUACCCGCGGAUUUACCUGCUAUCAGUGUAAUUUUGAACCACACACGUAACGUUGAAGCCUUGAAGGCGUUUGUCACUGAUUAUGGACUUAAAGAUGAAAUAGCAAACCAAUUGAUGGAUGUGAUUACCUCAAUCAUAGAAAUGAGUGCCCAUUUGAAAUCUGAAAUACACGAGAAUGAUGAAGAAAAAAUAAAUGACAGGAAGAGUAGAGUUAAUAAGAAAAGAUUAGAAAUGCAGGAAACUGGUUAUGUUGGUGGUAAUGGCCAAAGUGCACAACAAGAACAUGUCAAAAAUUCUAUAGCGGCAGCAGUCUUGGCUGCUCUAGUUACUGCUGAACAAUUUGAAGAGAUAAACAAUAACAACGGCAGGGAAAAGUAUAAACUAAUCUUAAAAUCUAUUGAUACCAUUUUAGGAAAAUCCAUAGACGAAGACUUAGUUUCUGCUAUGUUCGAAAUUUUGCAAAAAAAUGAAGACAAAGAAUUUUUGUGUGAAGAAAUAUUGGAGAAUACGACACAGCCAAAAGUAGAAUUGAUCAAAAUUGCAAUUAACAGCUCCUUACAGAAAAAUGCGAUCAGUGAAGAAGAUAUAAUUGACAAAUUCGGUGAUUUCCUGAGCAGUGAACAUGAGGUUCUUGGACCGGCUUUCAAGAAUAUCACUAAAAACGACACAAAUAUCUUACACCAUGUUUUGAGUCAUAUUUCAGACUCGAUCUCGUUUAUCAAAACGGAACAUGAAGCCGCAGAGACACUCCAAAAAGCUAUUGUAUCUGCCGUACAAGAGGCGAGUGCAAAGGAAUUAGAAAUUCUAAUAAAUGACACAGAAAGUAAAAAUUUGAAAGAAUUAAUAGCUCAAUCUGUUGGUUUGGCGAAAAUUCUCGGAAUGCGCGACGUUGCCGCUAGUCUCUUGUCAGUUGCGAACGACGAACAAUGUUUAUCUAAAAUAGCAAGCGACCCAACGAGUCUAAACAUUUUGAAACGCCUGACAGUCAUGCGGAAACUCGCAGACAAAACACCAAGCUUACACUCGGCUUUAAAGAAAUUGGAGACUGACCCAGAACUGGCUCGAACAGAUCCCAAACUACGGGAUCUGGUCAGAGAAAGUGGUGCGCUUAUGAUCGUUCCUGAGGAGCCCGCUUUGAUGACAUCGGCAGAUGUGCCUUUGAGUUUGCUCGAUCCCGAAAAUACCUUGGCUAUGGAAGAUUUCCUUUUGCAACAUAAAAAGCAUAAAGGGGCUUUAUUGAUAAUGAAAAGAGGUCUCCAAUGUGUGAUUCCAAGAGAAGCUAGCCGAGCUGUAUUGUCAGGACAAGUAGGUUACACAGUUCUUGACGAAAGCGGAAUCAGGCAUUUCGAGCCUUUGAGCGUCUUUUCGGCUUUAAAUUUGAGUCAGCCUACAGCACACCGUUUUGCAAUGUACAGCUGUCUUAUCGCAGAUAAUCACGAGGAAGAUACAGAAGACUUAACAGGAUACUGUAAUGGUAUAACCAAUAACCAACGAAUCAAAUUAGGUGGUUGGUCAAGCGGGUAUCGCAGAUACAGCGGCGUUUUACUCGAUAGAGAAAACACUAGGAGUCGGAUGAGUAGUUUGGAUUACACGCCAAGUUACAAACGCUACUCUUCGAGAUCUCUCUCGAGAUCGAGAUCUAGUUGUAGCAGAAGCCCUCCUAAGGUCGAAGACGUAGUGGUAGCCACUACAGACUACACGGCAUCAGCCGACGACGAAGUGUCUCUAAAAGCCGGGGAUAUUGUAGAGGUUCUCGACACGAAGGCAGCCCUCGGAUCCAAGUACAGAGGUCGAGUAUAUCGUUACGAGAACCAUUUCUUCAAUACACGAGGACCAUCCAUUGACUACGUAUUUAGCGUUCCCACCUACAGAAUGUACUAUUACUGAUCAUGCUUU